AUGCCACCCGAUUUUCCCGACUGUGCGUCGGAGUGGUGGCAAGAGAGUCGCCGCUCUUGUGAGAACUCCUCAAGUAGCACCACCACUCCUUACGAGAACUCCACGCGAGCAGCACUGUUGGUCGAGACGAUGCGACGCGCCCCAGCGCCGCUGCAGCCCUUUGUACAGCAGGGUUUCAGCCUCUACGACAGGGAGGUGGUCCUCGGUCGCCGCCGCUACGAGCAGGUCACCUUUGUGGAAAUGCUCAACAUCGCUAAGAGUCUGCAAAUGAAGGCGCCUCCAGCGCCUGUGCCGUCGCCGGCCUCCUCACUUACCCCACUUCCACCUUCACCAAUGUGCAACGCAUUGGUGGCCCAGACAGCAGCCACCACGCACACCACUUCGAUAGCGCCAAUCUCGCACAAGCGGGCUGCGCCGGAGGCCGUACCGCACGAACCUCCACACAAGCGGGCUGUGCUAGUCACCACGACUUCUGUGCCCCUGAACGAUAAGGCGUUCUUCUUCCAGCUUGCUGGAAUUACGGACGCUGAAGUCGCCGCCACGCGCGAAUUUGUCGGAACAUCAACGGAGCUGGAGCGCAACUACACUCGCUACGAGCCCUUGGUCGAGGACAUUCGCCCCCUCGCGGUGCUGAAGGACGCGUAUGCGCACAUUACCACACGCGCCACGGCCUUGGAGAAGACGGAAGGCAAGAAAGCGGCGCAGAAGUAUUUGAGUGACCAGCUGAAGGGUAUGCGGCAGGACCUGCGAGUGCAGAACAUUGUAGACAACUUCACUGUCAUGGUGUAUGAGGUGCACGCUCGGCUCUGCCUGGAGACUGGCGACAUUGGCGAGUUCAACCAGUGCCAAGCAGGUCUGAAGCAGUUCUACGCGAUGGACGCGGUUGACCUGAGGCAGUGCGAUGUGAAGAACUUCUUUCUCUACCGUCUGGUGUACCUGACGCUAAGCGGGCAGUACGACUCUCUCUCGACAGAACUCAUUCACUUCACCAACGCCCAGCUGCAGGGCACCGACCGAGUGGGCAGCAACAUCGCCAGAGAGCCAGUCAAUCGCACCCUCGCCCUCUGUGCUGCUUGCAACAACGGCGACACAUCAUCUCUGUGCUGCCUUCUGCUCAGCUUCGAGACGGAAAUGACGUAUCUCGUGCGCAUCUACCUACAGAAAUUGCGGAUUAUGUGGCUCAAGGAAAUUCUCACCGCCAUGAAGGGCUCGCUCACGCUACGCUUUCUGAUGACCAGCCUUGGCUUCACGCCGCACCCUCACGGCAAGAAGAAGCGGCAGCUCUUCUGGUUGGACGACGCGGAAGAGAGCGCCUGGCUUCGGUUUACUGAGCUCUUUCAGACACUCAAGGUGGAGCUGCCACCGGACUUCUCCUUUCACGAAGAAGUGAAACGCAGAAAGCACACCGGGUCGAAUCCGCAGGCGCACUAUCCGUCUCUCGACGCUGCCACUGCUCUGAAAGCGGUCAACGACUAUCUUGUGUUCCUUGGGACACGCAAAGACGCUGGCCGGACAUAG